UUACCAACCUCAACCUCAUGCUGACGUCAGCUAAUCAAAUAUGGUUGAAAUUUAGCCAAAUCAGCUUGUGGAACAAGUAGUUUGUUUGUUAUUGUUCGUAAGGCCAUAAAGUUGACGCUUCUUAAAAACAUGGAAAAUUUAUUCAGUAUGUGGAAAGUGCGAGAGAUCGCAGACAAAGUGACAAAUGUUGUAAUGAAUUACACGGAAAUAGAAGCCAAAGUUCGAGAAGCGACUAACGACGAGGCUUGGGGUCCAACUGGAGCUAUUAUGCAAGAACUUGCACACUCUACUUUUACAUAUGAACACUUCCCAGAAGUAAUGUCUAUGCUUUGGAAAAGGAUGUUACAAGACAGCAAGCAACAUUGGAGGAGAACAUACAAAGCGUUACUAGUACUGAAUUAUCUAAUUAAGAAUGGAUCAGAGAGAGUAGUGACAUCAGCAAGAGAACAUAUCUAUGAUUUAAGAUCCUUGGAAAACUACACAUUUAUGGAUGAUAGUGGCAAAGAUCAAGGAGUAAAUAUUAGGCAUAAAGUAAAGGAAUUAAUAGAUUUUAUUCAAGAUGAUGAUAAACUUAGGGAAGAACGUAAAAAAGCUAAGAAAAACAAAGACAAAUAUAUCGGAAUGAGUUCUGACAUGGUUGGAAUGAAAUUCGGAUCAGGUCCAGAGAGUUGGGAUAAUAGACCACAUAAUCGCAAUGAAUUCAAUGACCAAGAUUGGGAUGACAGUAAUUCGGCUAAUAAAUAUCGCGACAGAUCUUAUGAUGAUGAACUAGAUCGCGACCAUAACCAUGAUAGCGAUGGAGAGUAUUCACCAAAAGUUGGGAGAACUAACCCAAGGAAAUUUAAAGACGAAGCCAGACCUGGCAGCCCUCCCCCACCCAUAUCCACGUACGAGAAACGAGUUAAUUUAAAUUUAAAUGCGAACAUUACCAAUUCUCCUAGAAAAACCCAAAAGCCAUUAAAAAAGGUGGAUUUAGGGGCCGCCGCGAAUUUCGGACAUGAUGUGACGCAACGUUCCCAGCCGAUAGGGGGCACCGCGGAUUUGCUAAAUGACGAUUUCGAUCCUAGGGCGGGCGAGACCGUUCAAUCCUCAAACGUUGUCAACGAGUUUGGCGAUUUUGAGGCUGUAUUUAAUAACAACAAUGCCAUCACGCCGGGUCAGCAGAAGGUCGACGAUGAUUUUGCCGAUUUUAGCUCUGCCUUUUCUGGUCCUUCCAGUGGCGGCCCUAGUUUGCUUACUUCUCCAACCACUCCCGCGGUUUUUCCAAAUGUUAUCGCGCCUCCUGAUAUCAGACCGCCUGCCAAUAACUUCUUUAUGAGUAAUUCAACGACUCCAGCACAGCCCAAUCUGAAAAAUGUGUCGCAAAUUGACGGGGCGUUACCGUCGAUGAGCGGAAUUCCUUCCAUGGGUGCGUUCAGCACAUUGAAGGGUCAACCAAGCGCGGGUAACGAUUUACUAGGCGAUUUCGGUGGUUUGAGUAUACAGCCUAGCGAAGCAGCUACUAGCAAUAACAACAAUAGCAUCAACGACGCACUAACGGGUGGUGUGGGACUUUUGGAUAAUUUAGGAGAUGGGGAAGAAUCUCAGAGCGCGAAGCACGGAACCAAAGGUUCCGCGCAACGGUUGGAGGCCGUCACUCGAUCCGCGACCGAAACGUUCGUUAAUUUAAGUCGACUGACGUGCGACGCAGACGUCAACCGAACGCUAGAACAAUUGGAGACGGUGACGCGGCAUUUCCCCGACCCAUUUGCCGGGAAAGACUAUCGAAAAUACGCCGAACGCUACUAUACGAUGUUCCUCGAGGAACUGAUAGCCUUGUUCGACUCCAACUUUCCGUGUCGGGCCGGAAAAAUGUACGAAUCCGUCGCCCAGGUGUUUGCGAAUCAACAUCCCGACUUGUUCGAAGCUUCGCUCCGGGUAUUGGUCGGGAAUUUCGAGGGAAAAAGGGACGAGACCGCGGUUACCGCCUGUUUGCGAUCGCUCCUUGAAAGCGACAACCUCGUUGCGGCUAUGGCGCUAGGCGCGUUCACCGAUAGAGGUCGCGAUCGGUGGGACGCGACCGUUCAACUGUUAGUCACCGUACCGAAUAGGGUUGCCAACCGCUCACGCGGCCUGCAACCGGAUUUUUUCACCAACGAUGCGUACUCAAAUCUGCUGUACGUGAACGCGCUCAGAGCCGUCUUAAUAUUGGCCAACGUCGUGGAAAAUCGACCGCCGCUACUGGGCAAAAUCGACGCAUCGAACUUGGCCACGUUAUUGAGCAAAGUCGCCGUUAACUUCGGCUCGUGCAACCGCGACGGCCUCGAUCGUUUUAUAGAAAUCGUUGGUCAGCUCGCGAAUCGAUCCGAACCGCGCACCAUUUUGGGCAAAAUUUUCGAACGUCUUGACAGGUCCGCGACGAACGUCGUCGCCAGGACGUGCUUAACUAUUCUCGGCCCGCGCGAAUAUUCGAUCACCAACGUUCUCGGCAAAAACCUGCUCCGAAACGACGAUUGGAAGUACGCGUUAACCAAAAACAUCCCCCUGCUGACGUACGUCGACCGCCGUCAAGACAAUUUGGUCGUCAAUUUGGUUAUGUACCUGGGCAAAUGGUCGCAUACUGAUCUCGUGUCGUUGCUCACGGAAUUGUUGUCCGUUUGGGCCGACCGGUUGGCCGUGAAACGGGCCAGCGUCGAGCACCAGUUGUUCGUGUCGAAGUUGAUAGUGUGCGCGGCGAAUUGCGCGCGCAACGUCGGACUGACGGAGCACGAAGCGGCACGGAUCAAGGACACGACGUUCCGCGGCUUGCCGGUCCAUUUGGAGAGCUCGGUCGCGGCGGUCAGGGCGGCCGGCAUGAAAACCGGCGAGCUGGUGUUGAAUUUCGUCUAUAAAGAAAGCGACGAGCGUCUCGAGAACGAAUUGAGCUUCGACUACGAGAGUAUGAGCGACCAGUGCAAGAAGGUGGCUAGCGGGCUGCAGGACUUGUUCGAUUUGGACUUGGCCGAGUUGUACAAGCCGAAAACUGGUUUUCGUAAGUCGAUCGGCGAACUGUUGGACGGUUUAUCGAAUAAGCGGGGAAGCGGCGCGGAGUAUAUCCCGCCGGAGAGGAAAUUUCGCGAAGCUAAAAACGAAAUCGUGGUAACCGAGUUCGUCAAAAGCGAGAAACGCGGCAUCACCAUCAUCGACGAGACGUUCAAGCCGGACUCGGACGACGAGUUCGAGCCGUACGACAUAUCCAACGACGUGGAAGUGGCGAAGCGCGGGCCCGCUUACCUUCGGGACCUGAAGGAGACGCUGCUCGAGACGCAGGACCCGGACUUGUUCGAGGCCGGAGUGCGCAGCUGUCAAAAGAUCGUGUCGGAGCAGCUGGCCGACGACGACGUCAACGUCGGCCUCGAAAUUUUGGAGAUUUUAAUCGUUUUGGACCAAAGGUUCCACGUCGACGACUUCGACCGUUUAGUGUUUGACGGUUGCGUCGCGAUCGUCUGCACGUAUCCCGCCCCGUACGCCGAGUACCUUUGUAAAGAGAUCCACGCUGAAGUCGGCAAAUAUUCCAUGGUGCACAGAAUAUUGAUGUUGGACGUGCUGACGCACGCGUCGAAGGCUCUUGCCAAUUUGACGCCCGGCGCCGCGCAGAAGGACGAACCCGCGCCAAAGGCCAAGAAGUUGAAACUGGAAGCGAGCAACGCCUCGGAGAUCGUUCGGAAGCGUUUGGAGAGCAAAACGAGGUACUUCCACACGCACAAGUUCGUCAAACGCGAGCGCAGGAACGAGUUCGCCAACGUGGUCGGCCAUUUUUUCUUUCCCUUGCUGUACGGCUACGAGCGGAACGAAUUGCUCGUUAGACCUCUGAUAAAGGACGCCGACGAUUUUAUAUUCCUCGUUCGUUUCGUGGAAGCGCUGGCCGUAAUCAUGUUUUGCGCGCACAAUUGCCCGGUAGCGCCGCGCAUGACGAGGGAGGCGUUGCGGUUCUCGUGGUUUCUGCGGUUCCAUCAGGACGUCAAGGUUAGGAUGGCGGUGUUGAAUCUGAUCGCGACGGCCGCGAUGGCGGUGCCCAGGGAGGUGCUUCUGGCCGAUUUUCUGAGCGAAUUGUUAAAUAUUAGGAUGUGGCUGGCCGACUUGCUCAGUCCGAACGCGAGCAAAGGCGAAGCGAACUCGGAGUGCAGACGCCAGGCGUAUUGCACAAUGGCCGUCCUCGAGAAUAUAUUGAAAAGCGAUUCGGACGAGGACUAGUCGGCGUUGUAAUCUAUUUUAAGUUUCUAUUUUAUCAAUAAAAUAAUUAAAUUGAGGUUCACGAAGUUUUUGAUUUAUAAUAGUAUAUGAUGCAACCAGUGCGGUAAACGGUAUUUGAUUCAUGAGUUUAUUCGACACGAGCGGAGCGUGCGGUAAACGGCAUUUGACUUACGAGUUUAUUCGACACGAGCCGCUCGUGCCCAAUAAGUUUUUCCACUCCCGCACGGGUUUGGGAACAAUCGGAUGUUUUCGGAGAUAUUUCAAACGCUUUGAAUUUUGACGUUUGUCAAUUCUGACGGUCAUGUUGGUGAAUGUAUUCGUGUAGUUUUGCGAAAAUGUACCCAAAAAUUAACGGUCGUAAAAAAAGUAUAGUAUGCAACACUUUCGGCUUUUUGAAUUCAAUGAUAGUUCACUCUCGCACAGCAAAUUAAAUUGUUUAAAAUGCUUGGAAAAAUUACAUAUGAAGAGAGUGGGAUGUAUUUCAUUCAAUCACAAGCACCGUCAGUGAUAAUUUUCAGAAAAGGUUUUUAAAAUCACAUUAUAUAAAAGCGUCAAACAAGAAAAGGAACGAGGGCUUUAUCCUUAGGUAACGGGAUUUGAAGGCUGUAAAUAGAAAGUUCACAAUAUUGCAGAUACAUUUCAUUUUUUUUAUCUCCGUUUUACAUAUUUGCAUUAAUAGCCACUUAUUGUGUAAUAGUGUAACCGGGAGUAUGGUAGUCAUACGUGUACGAUUGUCGUUUAGUACGUUAACCAUAUUGGUUAGAUACGAUUGCGCAAGCGCUAGGCAUCUCGAUUCGUUGAUAACUGA